GGAGGCAGCGCCGCGUGGAGCGUCGGGGGAGCCCCGUUCUCUGCACGCAGGAACUGGUGCUCAUACGUGGUGACCCGCACCGUGUCGUGCCAUGUGCAGAAUGGCACCUACCUUCAGCGAGUGCUGCAGAAUUGCCCCUGGCCUAUGAGCUGCCCUGGGAACAGCUACAGGACCGUGGUGAGACCCACAUACAAGGUGAUGUACAAGACGGUGACGGCCCGCGAGUGGAGGUGCUGCCCCGGGUACUCGGGGGCAAGCUGCGAGGAAGUUUCAGGCUCCUCUGGCUUCGUGGAGCCCGGGUGGCCGGGCAGUGCCAUGCGGCGGAUGGCACUUCAGCCCACAGCCUUCUCAGGUUGUCUCAACUGCAGCAAAGUGUCGGAGCUGACGGAGCGGCUGAAGGUGCUGGAGGCCAAGGUGGCGGUGCUGACAGCCACCGAGCGGGCAGUGCCCCCAACCCCAGCUGCCCCCGAGGACCCCGCCCCGCUCUGGGGCUCCCCAGCUGCCCAGGGCAGCCCUGGGGAUGGAGGCUUCCGAGGGCUCCCGGGAGCCAGAGAAAAUGCGAGGGCCCCGCUGCUCCCUGGAGAUGAUCGAGCUGGUGCCCGGGGGCUUCCUGGGCCCACUGGCCCGAAGGGAGAUCCUGGCAGCCGGGGCCCAACGGGCAUGAGAGGCCCGCCAGGUCUGCAGGGCCCCCCAGGGAGCCCUGGCCAGGCUGGAGCUGUGGGCACCCCUGGAGAGAGGGGACCUCCAGGCCCCCCGGGGCCUCCAGGGCCUCCUGGCCCCCCAGCCCCUGUUGGACCACCCUACGCCCGGAUCUCCCAACAUGGGGACCCAUUCCUGUCCAACACCUUCACUGAGACCAGCAGCCACUGGCCCCAGGGACCGGCCGGCCCCCCAGGGCCCAUGGGUCCUCCUGGACCUCCUGGUCCCAUGGGCAUCCCUGGGAGUCCUGGACACAUGGGACCUCCAGGCCCCUCUGGACCCAAAGGAAUCUCUGGCCACCCAGGAGAGAAGGGCGAGAGAGGACUGCGUGGGGAGCCCGGCCCUCAAGGCUCCAUGGGGCAGCGGGGGGAACCUGGCCCCAAAGGAGACCCUGGUGACAAGAGCCACUGGGCUCCUAGCUUACAGAGCUUCCUGCAGCAGCAGGCUCAGCUGGAGCUCCUGGCCAGACGGGUCACCCUGCUGGAAGCCAUCAUCUGGCCAGAACCAGAGGGGUCGGGGGCAGGCCCUGCCGGCACAGGCACCCCCAGCCUCCUGCGGGGCAAGAGGGGAGGAUACGCAGCCAACUACCGGAUCGUGGCCCCCAGGAGCCGAAACGAGAGAGACUGAGGGUGGUGGCGGCCCCUCCAGUAUGGCCGGACCAGGCUUCCCUGCCCAGCCUGGAUGUGGCCCGCUGCCUCCAGGGUCCGUGCGUCCAUAUUUAUUAAUAUCCUCAGGGUCCCUUCUGCCACCUAGGCCUUUGG